AUGUACACCGCCACUAGUCUUAAUAGCAGCGACUUACUCGCCAUGUUUCAAACUCCCACCCGCGAGGACUUCUUCUUCUCGUCGUCCCGCCGCUGCAUAUGGGUCAACGGGCCCGUCAUCGUCGGCGCCGGACCUUCUGGCCUGGCCGUCGGAGCCUGCCUGAAAAGACAAGGCGUCCCUUUCAUCGUCCUCGAGCGAGCCAACUGCAUUGCCUCUCUCUGGCAGAACAGGACCUACGAUCGCCUCAAACUCCACCUCCCCAAGCGAUUCUGUCAGCUACCCAAUUUCCCAUUCCCCGAGGAAUUUCCAGAGUACCCUUCCAAGUUUCAGUUCAUCACCUACCUCGAAGCCUACGCCAGGAAUUUCGACAUCUCCCCGAAUUUCAACGAAACGGUCCAGUCCGCGAAAUACGACGAGACGUUUGGUCUCUGGCGGGUCCAGACCGUUUCGAACAUCGGGCCGGUCCCGGUGGAGAUCGAGUAUGUCUGUAGGUGGCUGGUGGUGGCCACCGGAGAGAAUGCUGAAAAAGUGGUGCCGGAAUUUGAAGGGUUGGAGAAAUUUUCCGGCGAUGUCAGCCACGCUUGUGACUACAAAUCCGGCGAGAGUUAUCGCGGGAAGCGUGUUCUGGUCGUCGGAUGCGGGAAUUCCGGCAUGGAAGUAUCCCUUGAUCUCUGCAACCACAAUGCCAAUCCAUCAAUGGUGGUCAGAAGCUCGGUUCAUGUACUUCCAAGGGAGAUUCUGGGAAGAUCAACAUUCGAGCUGGCGGUGACGCUGAUGAAAUGGAUGUCACUGAGGAUGGUGGACAGAGUACUGCUGGCUGCCGCCAGGGUGAUGCAGGGGAAUCUGGAGAAGUAUGGACUAAAAAGGCCAAGCCUUGGGCCGUUAGAGCUCAAGAACGUGGAAGGGAAGACCCCAGUUUUGGACAUUGGGGCGCUGGCAAAAGUGCGAUCUGGUGAGAUUAAGGUUGUCCCCGGAAUCAAAAAGUUCAGCAGUGGGAAAGUGGAGCUUGUCGAUGGGAAGAUUCUGGAGAUCGACUCCGUGAUUCUGGCAACUGGGUAUCGCAGCAAUGUUCCUUCAUGGCUAAAGGAGAAUGACUUCUUCUCAGAAGAUGGGAUUCCAAAGAAUCCAUUCCCAAAUGGGUGGAAAGGGAAAGCAGGGCUGUAUGCAGUUGGGUUCACAAGGAAAGGGCUCUCAGGUGCAUCUCUGGAUGCCAUUAGUGUGGCAAUGGAUGUUGCCAAGAACUGGAAAGAAGAGACUAAACAGAAGAAGAAGACAAUGGCUGCCAAGCACAGGAGAUGCAUUUCCCAUUUCUGAGGAAAAAACUUCCCUUUGUUAAUGUCCUAGAGCUUUGCUGGGUCAAUUGGGACUGAAUCAGUUCCAUAACCUUUUUUUUUCCUUCCUUCUGGGUUUUGGGUGUAGAAAUAAUUAUAUA